UCGCGGUUGGUUGCAUUAGUCAGUUUGUUUCGUGUAUGCUCACGAGAGUUGUUGGCACUUGUUUAAUGUCGCCGGGCCUAUCGCCACUACAAAGUUCAUAAUUAUCCAUUAUCCCCACCUGAAACAUAAAAAACAUUAUAUUUAUUAAAUAAUAAUAAAAAUUAAGUGUCUUUAAUAAUAAUAUUUGACAGAAGGAUUAUUUUAAAUACAGUCAAUCGUUAUUCCAUGGCCAUCUCUUCCACAUACAAGUGACAAUCGCAAGAAAUGUAACCGUGUCGUGACGUCACACAGCUAAUCAAGUGCACACACGUACACCAAUACAUUUUUAAACCAAGUGAGAGACAGUGCGCGCGCGCAUACGCAUGUAUAUUUAAUACACAUAUAUGUAUGUAUAAAAUUAGAAGAAAAGGAGCAAAAUUUAUUAAAUAAAAUAUUUAAUAUAUUUUAUCGGCUGUGAAAGAGGCUGUUUUUUAUGUAUAAUCUUGGGUGAAGGAUUGUAAUUAAUAAAACUUAUUGACUGGAAGUGAAAAAUAAGUGUCAAGAUAUUUUAUACCAAUGGAUCAACAAGAUACUAUUCCAAACGGAUGGAAAUAUAAACCCAUAAAUUGGCAUCCUGAUACUGGUCCUACUAAAUAAAUCACAAAUAUAAUUAAGUGGAUUAAAAGUAAUUAUAAUAAGCAAAUUUAAAAAAAUAUAAAGGACAUAAAUUGAAAAGGAUAGAAAAAUAAGUGACAUAAAGAGAAUACAAAUUUCAGUGGUUACCAGUCGUUAAAAGUGACGGGUCUUUUUAAUUAUUUGUACCUGUCCGUCACGUCAAUGCCACCGCCACUGCUGUCUUUGUUCCCGCAUAUUUCAAGAUUUAUAGAUUUACUUUGCGAAUUUACUCAAUAAAUAGUCUUCCACGAAGUGUGGAAUAACUUCCAGUGAAUCAAGUGAUGGUUAAUGAUCUCUUCCUCCUUACUUGUGUGAUGGUGCCCGGAAUUUAAAUGGAUUAUUACAGUAAUAACAUUGAUUGGAUAACUGUGGAAAUUCGUGCUAGUGUUGAAACAAAUAGUGACUCGUGAGUGUUAAAAUAUAUAUAAAUUGUCUGAAUAUAAAGUGAAAUUUUUAUUGUCAGAAUUAAGUUUUUAAAUUAUUGAACAAUUGUUUUUAAAAUUAUUCAAAAACGGAGGGACAUUCGAGAAAAGGAUCUCAUGUAGCUCUCAUUCCUACUAAUGAAAGGAAGAGACAACAAACUGUUUUUCCAGCUGAAAAUGCGGGACCGAAUAUUGGAGAAUUACAAGAGCCAUUGGGGCUUAAAAUGAAUGCAACUACUGGCGGCAUCACGAAAAAAAGAAAGAAAUCAGAUGCCAAGCCUCAGUCACAAAUUAAUAAGUGCCUUAAUGAGAAGAGACGACGCUUCCAGGAGAACGAGUUCAUCGAGGAGCUUGCCGUACUGAUUUCCUCUACGGACAUGAGCUCUGGCAAGACGGAUAAGUGUCAAAUUCUACAAAGAACAGUUGAUCAGAUUCAGCAUUUACAAAGACAAGAAGGAAAUAAUAGUCAUGCAGUUCAACAGGGUGAAGUCUCCUCCUCGAAUCCUAGCAUAUUAUCUAAUGAUCAAGUUGGACCCAUUUUACUCGAGGCUUUGGACGGUUUUCUAUUCGUCGUGAACACGGAGGGUCGCGUGGAAUUCGUUACAGAUAAUAUACAACAGUAUAUAAAUUAUACCAAGGAAGAUGUGCUCGGGAAGGAUAUUUAUAAUAUUAUUCAUCACGGUGAUCAUCAAGCCUUUAUGCCCAGCUUAAUGCCCAUGUCAAUAGGAUGGACGAGUGAGCCUCAAGUACAGUCACGAAACCGAACAUUUAACUGUCGUUUCUUAGUUAAGCCCCCAGAUGAUCAAGAGGAAUCUAUUGAAGAGAAACAGCAACGCAUAUCUAAAUAUGAGUCGAUGCAAAUAUGCUCUGCAAUACUUCCAAAUACAAAUGAUCAUUUAGAUAAUAAUGAUGUUACAUCAGAAUCAUCUGAUAUCGGUCCAUGCGUAAUGUGCGUAGCACGUAGAAUUUCAUACGUCGAAAAACCGUCAAAUACUGCUUCAAUACAGCAGUUUACACUUAAAUUGGAUACUACUGGAUGUAUUAUUAACGUUGAUACUAGCUGGCUCUCAUCUUCUUAUACUCAGUAUAUAAAAAAGGAGGAGCUUAUUGGAAUUAACGUACAAGAUUUGUGUCAUCCAAACGAUCUUAGUAAAUUUACUGCACACUUAAAGGAUACACUUCAGCGCGGUGAAGGUGAAACUUCUAUGUACCAGCUGCGCGUCGGCCCGGAAACGUUCGUCAACGUUCAAACAAAGUCGAAAAUAUUUGGAGCAAACCCUUCGAAUAUACACGAAACUGACUUCAUUAUGUCUACUUAUUCAAUUAUUGGAGACAAUGACUUAACGCCUAACGAGGGUGGUCAGCUUUCCAAUAGUAAAGUGUGUUCAGGACACUCUAGUAAUCAUUGUGCGAAUAAUAGUAGUAAUAAUAACAGUAAUAAUAACAAUAAUGUGGGUGGUCCACUAAUGUCCGUGGUUCAUGUGAACGGUCAAGUGAGUGGUAUGAACAGUCGUACGACAAAUAAUCAAAGUGUUCCCUUUGGUACAUCAACAACAACAACAACAACGACAACAACAAGUGAUUCUUGUAAUUCACUCGGGCCAGCAACAACAAACAAUCCAUUUAAUAAUUAUUCAAAUGUGGAUUUGGAACUUGAAUUCUUUCCAAAUUCCUCAUGGGAAUUGGAUAGUAGCAGCGGUUGUGCUGAUAAUACUAUUACUAGGCCCGAGUCAAGAAAUACCGGCCCUUCAAAUUCACGACCACCUUCCCAGCCAGCCCCAUCAUCAAGUCCUCAAGCAGCGUUCACCACUAAUUCCACGGUGACGUCGCACUGCAGUCCUUUGAGAGCUUACAGCCCGACGACAAUGAUUGGUGCACACUCCUUCAGUAAUUCCUUUUCAUUCAGUCCACUUCAGGAUUCACCAACGUCUUUGCUCAGCGUCCCGGGUGUCACCAACGGCGGUGGCAACGGAAACACCAGUGCCAGUACUAGUGCAAGUGGGACCUCAAUAGGCAAAGACACCAGAGGAUGUUCAACGCCAAGUAGUCACAGUAUUGACUCUAUUGGAUCCACUGCGGCUGCAUCAUCGUCUAUUGGCGUGAACGCCUCCUCAGCAUUGUCACCAACUGGUUCAACGACAAUUACCUCAAUGACGUCUGCAACCGGUACCUCACCCGGUUCAUCAACGUCGACGACUAUCAUGUCGUCACUGACGGGCGCGAUAACCGCCUCCCAAUCAACUCCACCUACUACCACAGCCAAUAGUUCUAAUGCUGUUUCGCCUGUUGUAUCAAUGUCUGGUUCUAAUGUUGGUGUUAAUACAUCAACUAACUUGAUGACAACUCCCGAAUCACAAAGUAGUUUAAGUUCAACCGCUGAUUCUGGUCGGCUAAGAAAUUUAUUAACCAGAAAUCAUGUUAGUAAUGAUGAUACUCAGGAUAGUAGUAACAAUGACUCGGAAAACCAAAAUGAACAUAAAAUAUUAAAAAUAUUAUUAAAUCAACAAGAUGAGGAUGAUUAUCAUUCGGAGCAUAGUGCUAAAGUCAGGUCCAAUAUUGGCAUUGCACCUAAACCUCCUGUUGAACAUUCUGGCAACAAUAUGUUAUUGCAGCUGUUAAAUGAAAAAAGUGAUGAAGAUGACGAAACACGAGCAAGUUCGAAGAAACAACAUGAACUUCUUCAGCAACUAUUAAAGGAUAACGAUGAUGAAAGAAAAAUGCAGCAAGAGCAAAAGAGUCGUGAUGAUGAUACAUUACUGAGGAGUCUUGGGUUUAAAUCGUCUGGGCCAUCGACAUCUCAAAAAAAUGAUCACGGCCACGGCAGUACACAAACUAGUGGCCAGAAGAGGCCUGGUGAAGAUGGCGAUCUAAAUAUGUCUGUUAAGAGAUCAAUGGAUAAUUCUCAUCAAGUAUCUUCAUCGGGUAGUAGUAAUCGAGUUACGAAUAGUAAGCUAUGGGAGAAGAAUAAAAUGUUGGCGUCUCUUCUGGCUAAAGAGCCUUCUCAGCCGACAACUAUCCCACCAAUCCCUGCAUCUGUGAUAUCGGCAACUCCACAGGAUAAAUUGCCACGCGUUGCCGACCGAUUAAAGCAACAACAGCAACAACAGCCGUGGACAGGAAGUGGAAUGCAAUCUGUUGGAAGUACUGCAACCACUACUGUUGCUACCUCGGCUCGUACACCCCUCCAAAAUCAAUCAAGACAACUACCUCGCCAAGCAACCAAUAUCUACCUCAAUCACAUGCUAAGUCACGAAAGACCUCAAAUGAGUCCAAUGGAUUCAGAAUUUGCUGGUGGUGGUGGUGGUGGUGGUGGCGGCGGGGGGAGUAGUGGAGAUUUUCGUACGCCAGUUACUGAAUCAAAUACGUGGGAUAAUCAGUCAUCUGAUCCAGCUUUAUCAGAAUUAUUAGAUCAAGUGAUUGAAUUUGUACCAGAUGAAGUAAUAACAGACUCAUCGACAAUAGCCAGUUUAUUGGAUGUAAUUGAACAGCCACAAAACAAUCCAAUGAAUGAAAAAAUGGCUAUCAAUGCAAUACAAAAAUCAUUAAUGCUUUGUGAAUCUGCUGUUAAUUCCACGUCUUCCACGAUAACGAUGCCCUCAACUCCACCAGCUUACUCUUCUGCUUUGGGUAGUGGAACUUCGGUUACGACAGCUCACAAUUACCAACCUCCUCCAAUGUAUCAACAACAACAGCAAACAAGAGCGAGGUUUACUGGGCAAGCUGGAAUACGACAGCCAGCUUCGCAAUUCCAGCAACAACAACAAUUGCAGUUCAAUCAACAGCGACAAAAAUUAUUGCAGCAGCAUCGUCAGGAGCAGCAACGACAUGAACAGCAAUUGAAAAAUCGUUUAUUACAACAGCAACAGCACCAGCAAGUUGUUAUACCCUCAAACGCUACGGCACCUGAUCAAAUACCAAGCAUACAAAAUAUUGAUAAUCUGUUGAAUAAUGCUGUUGCUCCAAAUGUAUCGUUACAGCGAACUGGUGUAUCCGAUUCUCAAAUGUCGCCAGGCUAUGGAGGUUCCGUCCAAUUAUCUAAUUCACAUCGGAUUUCACAUUCUUAUUCUCAUCCGUCAACAAUUAAUCAACAUGCUGUGGUAAAUAAUAAUUUCAAUAGCGGUCAACCAAUUUCUGCAGCUUCUAGAUUAUCGCCACAUUCUUCAGCUGCAAUGAUGACAUUUGCUCAUCAUCAAGCUUUAUCGCCGCGUGUUUCACAGGGCAAUUACGGUAAUAAUCAAAGAAUGUUCAACGUGAAUCCCGUAAGACCACAACAACAGCAGCAACAGCAGCAGCCAACUGCAACACAGCAGCUUCAGCAGCAACGAUCCAUGCCAUCGCCUGGCACCGCAGUUCCGGCACGGCAAUCUCCAUUUCCUGCCGAAGCAUUUCCUCCUCCCGCAUCUCCAACUGCCAGCCAAUUCCCACCAGUUCCGAAUCCCGGUAAUACAAAUCCUACCGCCCAAUACCGACUACAGCGUGCAUCGUCGACACCCACCACUACAACACAAUUGCCAGGUGGAGUAGUAUCACCCCGACACUAUGGCAGUGUAAAUAAAGAUCAACAAAGUUUAAUGUCACCUGGUCAUCAGCGAGCUGGGUGUCCGCCACCGCCAACACCAACGCAUAACCACCAACAUAGUAUGACGAAUAAUCAGCAGCAGCACUAUACAAACCAGCAACAACAACAGCAACAGCAGCAGCAUAAUUCCAUGCUAUAUCGAAACACCGGCAAUAGCAUUAUUAAUAACCCGGAUGUACAGAAUAAUCAAUUCUGCUACGAUCAGGGUACCGUACCUGGAUAUCCAACGAGACCUGAGGACACCAGGUCAAUGUCUUCUAGUAAUUCGGCCGGUCAUCAAAUGGGUGGAAAUACCACUGGUCUCGGUAGUACAAGGUCGGAAUUUGUGAGACAAGAAUUAAGAGCUGUAGUGGGUGCACGAACGCAACAGAGAGUACCAAACAACAUUCAAAAUAAUGUUAUGGAACAUAGUAAUGUAAUGGAACAUGCUCAUAAUAAUGUAAUAGGACAAGUAUCACAGGAUGAUCUCGACGUACUUGGAUUGUCCGCUUACGAAGCAUCAACCUGUGGUGAGGCUGUGGUUAACGAUGGCCCUGCUAAGAACUGGGCCACUGGAAAUACCGGAAAUACGCCCUUCUCCUCCAGGACUACUAUUGAAGAGGUGGUGCGAGUUGAUCCAAAGUCGUCACUUCUGCAGAAAUUAUUAUCUGAGUGACUGCUAUGUAAUAAAAUACAUGUAAUAUAUAUUAAAGUAAGAGUAAUAUAAUAUACGCCAAUCACUCCUGCGUCUGUACACAUUCUUUAUGUAAAGAUAUAUUAUUACUAUUCUUAUUAUUAUAAUAAUUAUUAUUAUAAUUAUUAUCAUUAUUAAUAUUGUUAUUAUUAUUUUUAUUAUUAUAAUUAUUAUUAUAUUGUAUUAUAUGUAAAACACUAUGAUUCUUGAAAACAAACAAAAAAAAACAGUAUAAAAACGCGUUUUUACCAAAUGCACUGUCAAUCGGGUUGUUUUGUUUCGAGUUGUCUUAUAACAAAUCAGAAAUAAUUUUUUUUUAUCAA